AUGAUGUCCUUCUUUGGUCAAGAUUCGCCUUUGAGCUCCUCAUCGAACGGAGCAGUGGUAGCUCGAUCAAAAAAACCUGUAACAUCUCGUCCUGCUCCUCCUCCUAUCGCAGCUAAUGGUGCUGGUCCAUCACGCUCAUCGACGACAGGUACCCCAAUCAAGUCAUCAUCAAAUGGUAUACAUAAAUCAAAGCAUCUCCACAGCAUAUCGUCCUCACAUCGUAAAUCCGAUCAAUCAAAGGGUACAUCUCGACCUAUCACCUCGUCAUCUCACGGGAGAUCGUUGGAGCAUAGUGGGAAGCGCUCCAAAUCCAAUACGAAGACACCGUCUCGCACCGUUUCUCCUAUUCGAUCCGAUUCAGAAUCCUCGGAAGACGCAUUUGACCCGCCUAAGAAGAAGAAGUUCAGAACCAAUGGUACCCCAUCGGGUCAGACGCAGACACCAGAGCUGGACGAAGCCGCUUAUGGACCCGAGAAACAAUGGUGUUUCUCUCAAGUCGAUGAGAGGGGAGAAUGGGGUAGAGGUUGGGCAGGUUUCGUUCCUUCCGAAGAGGUCGUGAGAGGCCAGAGGAGAGGAUUUAAAGGCAGUCUACAGGGCAAAGCUAAUGACUUGGAGAAGUACAUUCCUUGGUUUCCGCAAGAAGGCUUCGAGAACAAGGAACCCUUGCCUCGAGUUGAUCUAUUGUAUCCUUCUGGAUGCCGAGAGACUUUCGUACUUCUCUCCCCAAACCGAAAAGGCGAAUACGCUCCUAUCCUUGAAUUGAGAACUGCCCUCAGUCUCAUCCUGAGCUAUUACAUUCCACCAUCUCAUCAACACAUUUUUGGCUCUAUCGUCGACGCUCUCGAUCUGGAGAAGGCACCUACGCCAAUAUCUCAAAUACCAUCCCCCGCGCCCCAUUCGUCCGCCACGCCCCCUCCCGAUGGAGCCCUGCAUACGCCGCCAGUAUCUCAAGCACCAUCGGAAACGAUAGGCAACGCACUGCGUAAAGCUAUGGCACCAAAUAGAAGGGAUGGACCAGGUUUCAUGCGGGCCAUGGAGAGGUUCAACACAGCCAUGGAGGCAAUCAUUGCGGAUGGCUCUGUCGCCAAGUGGAUGGAAACUCGUCCAAGAUUGAGAAAGGAAGAUUGGUCAGCUUUGGUCGAUGGCGUUCAUGACGAAGCGUACUCGAGAGUCGUCGGCCCGUAUGCUAAUGAGCUAGAACAUCAUCCGAAACAUCCUGACGAGGUUGCUCGUGCUAUCACCGCCAAGGAAGAUUCGUAUGGCGAACUGCGUCACAGAUUCAUGAGCAAAGUUAUCGAACAAACCAAGCUCGGCACAAAUUCUGUCUUUGUCGAUCUUGGUAGUGGGGUGGGGAACUGUGUUCUUCAAGCCGCGCUGGAAGCGGGUUGUCGCAGCUACGGUUUCGAGCUGCUGCCGGUUCCUGCCCACUGUGCUCGUCUGCAGCUAUGUGAAGUUAGACGGCGAUGGUCCAUGUGGGCACUGAAUGGGAACCUUGAUGUAGAAGUGGAGGAGGGGGAUUUCAGGUUCCUCCCGAAUGUAGGGAAGCGCCUCAGAGAGGCAGAUGUGGUUCUCGUAAACAACGAGGUCUUCCCCUCCACACUCAACGUCGAUCUAACACACCUAUUUCUGGACCUCAAAGACGGCGCUGUCAUUGUAUCACUACAACCAUUGGUCUCUCAAUCCUUCAAAAUGAGCGAAAGCAAUUGUGAUUCGUUCGAUGCCAUAGUCAAAAUGACCCAGCACCGUUAUUAUAAUGACUGGGUCAGCUGGAAAGGCGAAGCUGGUAAUUAUUAUCUGCAGGUUGUGGAUCGCAGUAUGAGACGCAAGUUUGAGGAGGAUCUGAACAGUCGGAGACGUAGGGGUUAA